ACCGGUCCGAAUUAACGUCGCGAUUGGUUCAAAAUCCAUAACUGGCCUCCGAGAGCCAGGUGUCGUUCACACCGCGGCCUCGCGCCUCGUCUCGUUAAUCACUCGUGUACGCUAUUGUUAAAGCGCGGCGAACAGCCAUCUUUGUCAAAUUACGGCGAUUCAAUUUUAAUAAUUUGUUUAGUGAUAAAAUAAAUAAUCAAAUGGAACAAAACGCAGUGUUACUGACGCAUAGUGUUGUUGAAUCGGGAGUAUCGUUACAUUCUCUUUUGUUUCACUAGUAGCUUGACGCUUAGUUGAAUUGAAUGGAAGCGAUACGACUACGGCGUUAACAACCAGUCGACCAUUAAAAAUGAUGGAUGAUGUCGUCUUUUGCAAAAAACAGUGUUAAGUGAUGGUUUUAGUGAAUAAUGUGAAGGGUGAUGUUAGUGUUUAUGUUUGAGUGUACAUGCGAUGAGAACUGCGUCGUAAUUUGUUAUACACAUUGCAUAAAUGAGUGAAAUGGCGUUGCGGAGCGCGCGGGCCCGAGCAUGCGCGCCAGUUUCCUCGCAAUCGCUAGGAACGCACUGAGUGUUCUUCGUUUACGUGCAAAUCAAAAUGGGAAGGUCGAGAUUCCCAGGGAAACCACUCAAAUUCCAAAACAGAAAACGUAUUAGUGUUUUAUCGGGAGCUGUUUACCAUGAGACUGCUCCAGAGAAUCACCCGCCAGCGCGCGGCUCUACAGCUAAUGAUUUUGCUGGGGAACAAGAGGAGGAAGAAAAGAAAGAAAACAAUAAUGAGAAGGAGGCAGAUGAAACUAGCCAAAAUAAAGUGACUGAUAUAACAAAGAAUAAAACAGAACUCCAAGACAAAAACAACAGCGACUUGUCGAAAUCCCCAGUGAGGACCAGGUCUCAGAACAAAAUGGAGCCAGUGAAAGGAGAAAAACCUAAACCAGUGAAGAAAACAGUCACUUUUGGCACAGUGGAAAGUUGUGAAGAUAUAUUUUUCCCUUUAAAGAAAAUACCUUUGAAACAUCAUGCUCCCCUUGUGCCCAUUAUUAAGAAAAAGUCAUCUUUGAAACAAACAGAAUACUCUACAUUUAAUAGUAUUCUUAAACCAGCAAAGCUAACAGAUUUAAGCUCAAAAUCCAGUUCAGAACAUCAGGAGGGUUAUUUAAGGAAGAAUCUGAAUCCAUUAUCAAAGCCUAUGAACAAAUUUUCUCAAUUUAGUGAAAGUCGAUGCAUGUCACCUCCGCCCAGAAAUGUAUCACCGGUUGAGAAAGACAGUGGAAGCUCUACAAAGUUUGUUCUACCUGUUAGAAGUGCUCAUUCUUCUAGAGUCAUCAAGCCAAAUAAGAAAUUUAUCGAUGGUGAGGAACAAACAACCACUAGCAGCACAAUAACAUCUAGUAAAGUACUCAAAAAACCUAAAUUAAAGAGAUUAGUCUUUAACAAUAUGCACAAUGAUGAUGACACACCUGAUGAAGAAGACACUGACAAAAGUAAUAUGAAUGAAAAAGCUAAAGAUACUCAAUUACAACCAUUAAAGUCAUCUAAUCUUUUCAAAGACAAAACAUCAAAUUCAUUUUCAAGUCUCAGUGUGGGCAACAGAAAAGUACAUGAUCUGUUUUCAUAUGAGAAAGAACCUUCCCAGGAUGAAAACUCCAAUUUAGAGACUAUAGAAAAGUUAAAGUCUCCUGAACCACCCAAGGAAGAUAGAACAGGGCAUGCAAUGAGAAAGCUCAUGGACAUUUCUGAUGCAAGUAGUUCAAGUAGUACUAGUAGUGGAUCUGAGUCUGAGGACAGUUGGGACAGUGCCAGUCCUGCUGGAAGUGGAGAUGAAGAAGAAAAGCCACCACCUGCCAGUCCUGAGAAAGAUAAAUCAUCUGCAUCUCAAUUACUCAGAGGAAAAAUUAUUCUUAGAGAAGCAAGAUUACAACUGAAUCCUCCAACACAGUCUACUUCAGCAUUAGAUGGUCCUUUCUCUACUGUAACAUCAUCAUCAUCUCCAGUUCCCCCAACAACAGUCACUUGUGGAGUUUGUGGUGCUGUAAGGUUUUAUAGAUUUGUUAAGCAGGCAAGGAAAUUCGGAAUAUAUUCAUGUGAAUCAUGCCGCAAGUUUAUAUCCAAAAUGUUAAAGAAAGAAAAGUUAUCACAAAAGUCAGGUCAAGUUGUUAUGCAGUGUUUGAAAGGCGAAGGUAAUUGUCAUGUACCACCAAUUGUACGUUCACAACAAUGGAAGCUACUAAGGUGCACAAACAAAGCUCGAUGUCCAGCAUGCUGGCUCAAGAUGUGCCUAAAGGCAUUCCAGGUACCACCUAGCAUAAGAGCUGGCCUCACGGCAAUGUUGCCUCCUUUCAUGAGGUCAGCUGUUAAAACGCCUGGUUGCUUGACACAGGCAAACCCCCUGAGAAUAACAAGCAAUACAACCCCAAAUACACCAGUGUUUGCUAUCACUAAUACAGACAACGAAAAUAGUAAGAUUUUCGGCACUAUUAAGUCAAGUAAGAAGAUUGAGGAAAUUGAAAAAGUAGAGGAAAAACCUAGUAAAGAUCGUCCAGUCACUGGUGAAUCAACUGAAGAAAUUAACGCUAAUAGAAAACGCCAGUUGACAAGGGUCAAAGUCAGGAAAAAAGAUAAAACCGACACCAAACAAGCGGAGGACCCUAAAAGACAAAAGGUGGAACUUAAAGGACCAAGAGUCAAACAUGUUUGUCGAAGUGCAUCUAUUGUCUUGGGACAGCCUAUUGCUACAUUCCCUACACAAGAUGAGAAAGAAAAGCAGGAAAAAAGUCUUUCCACUGAAGAUGAGGGUGUUCUAUGCAUUAUGGAGAAAGAUAGAGAGACUCCUGACUUGUCUAGCUGUGAAUCUGAGAUAGAUUCUGAGAAUAAAGCCCCUCAGAUUACUCCAGAUGCAAUUGUUUCAAAAGAAAGUGAUAUAGAAGUACAGGUAGAGCCUAAAAAGAGGAAGAUUGAACAGCCAAUCCCUGUCAAAUCACAAAGCAAGGCUGAAUCUAGUGAAGACGAAACUGUUAUGGACCUUGUACCUAAGAAGACAUUUAUGAAGCCUCUCACUAACAUUACUAAUGUUCGAAGUAGAUCCCAGAAAUGUGGACAGAAUAGACCAGAGCUCAUUUGUGUUGACUUUUGGGAGAGCUAUGAUCCUGAUGAAGUCUGCAGCUCAGGUUUUGGUCUUAUUGGCACAGGCUCAUUCACUGUUGCUAGACUAUGCUUUCUGUGUGGGAGUGCAGGCAAGGAGAAGAUCUGUAGUGCGUGCCUAAAAUGUAAGAGCUGUGAUAGCAGCCGCGUGAGCAAGUUCGUAGGAAGCUUGCCCUUCUGCGGGCCUUGCUUCAAGCUGCGGCAAAAGGGCAACUACUGCCCGCUGUGCCAGGCUUGUUACCGCGAUAAUGACUUCGACAGCAAGAUGAUGGAGUGUGGCUGGUGCGGUAGAUGGGUCCAUGCCAGUUGUGAAGGUCUGACAGGCGAAGGCUAUCAGUUACUGUCAGCCUUGCCACCCUCAAUUGAAUACAUUUGCUGUAAGUGCAUGCCAGUUGAUCCUCCAUGGAGGAAAAUGCUCACUGAACACCUAAAAGGAAGACUCCUACAUCUACUGAAGCUACUUGCCAAGAAUAAGAAGGCAUGUGCGUUACUAAAAUUGACACCCCAUAAGAAUACGCCAGUACCGAACAAGCCCUACCGGCUCAUGUCUCCACAAGCUAUUAGAAAACUUCAAUUUGAUGUCGUCGAUGUUUCCAUGAAGACUUCCGAGACUAAAGUAUAUAGAAAUACUGCGAGAGGACGGCGGAAUAACAAUUUACCGCAGAACAAAUUCGAUGACUCACACACACCGCAUGCGUGGCAGUGCCCAUCAUUGUUACAAGAUGUUGACAUGGAGAAGGAAGAAAUUCCACACACAUCCCACAAAGUCGUAAAUCUGCAAGAGCCACUGAUGCAGAAUAAAGAGAUUUGUUUCUCUACUGGGUUAUAUGGUACUAAAACUGAAUUUGAGGCUUCAUGUGUUGAGGUCCAUGAAAAUUAUCCUCCACAACCAAAGUCGGAAAAGGCCACUACAAUGCUGCCAACAACUAUACAUGACGACAAGUACGAGGCGAUAUCAGAUGAUGAUGAGCCUAUGAAAGGAUUCCCGCAAGCUCGUAGCGAGCAGGAUCUAAGUCCAGUUGUGUUACGACAAUCUGAUGUCACUGGUGAUGAUGGCGAUAGAAUUAUUUCACCGUCACUCUUAGACAUCAAGAAAAGAGUAAAUAGCGAUGGAUAUAUAUCACUCAAAGACUUCAACCAUGAUAUGAAAGAGGUUAUCCAAAGAACAACAAGUAAUGACCUUACUUCAAUAUACAAAGACUUAUUCUCAGAGACAUUCCCUUGGUUUGACUGUGAAAACAAUUGCCUGCAACCUAACCUGGAAGUGGAAGGCGAACAUGAAGAUUCUGAAUCCAUGAAAGAUCUUGCCAUUGCCGACAGUAAAAUUAAGGCUGCUGUACAAUCUAUUGAACGCCCAAUGGAUCAAAUUGUGCCCAAACUGGAAACUGACAGUGAGAAAUUAGAAGAAGAUCUACUAGAGUUCUAUCCAAUUGUGGACUCGAGAGUUUGUGUGCUUUGCAAAGUUGUGGGUGAUGGUUCACCAUCGAUGGAGGGACGGUUACUUUAUUGUGGACAAAAUGACUGGAUUCAUUCCAAUUGUGCAUUAUGGUCAGCUGAGGUCUUUGAAGAAAUUGAUGGAUCUCUGCAAAAUGUCCACUCUGCCAUAUCCAGAGGGAAAAUGAUUAAGUGUGCGGCAUGUGAAGUGAAAGGUGCUAGUGUUGGCUGCUGUGCUAAGAACUGUAGUGAGACAUAUCAUUAUACAUGUGCGAGGAAGGCGACUUGCGCAUUCAUGGACGACAAGAGGGUGUUCUGUCCAUCUCAUGGCAAGGAUGUGCCUAAGAAAAGUUUACAGAAAGAUGCCGACUUUGAACUCACUAGGCCAGUCUAUGUAGAACUCGACAAGAAAAAGAAACGAUACAGUGAAAUCACCAAAGUGCAAUUUAUACUGGGCUCCCUUACAGUUCAUAGUCUCGGAAAAAUAGUUCCAUCUGUGUCCGACUAUGAAGACUUCCUAAUGCCUGUAGACUUUUCGUGUACGCGACUUUUCUGGUCUUGUAAGAAGCCUACUAAAAUAGUAAGAUAUACUAUCAAAACUAAACUAAUACUUGCUGAGCCACUGCCAGGAUUUGACUUUGGUGUGAACAUCACAGUAGACCACACAUUAGAUAUUCAUGUUGUGGAGAGGGUAAUGGCAGAGAUUGGUGCUUGGCAUGAGAGUAUUGAAACAGGUACAGGCAAGUCUGUAUUGAUGCUGAAAAACGACAAGUCACCAAUCAAGUUUGGUAAUACAGUGACAUUAGAAGAUUUAGCUGUGAAACAAGUUGUCGAGUACUUGCUUGAUAAUGUAUGCAAGCAAGAACAGCAGGAUGAAGAGGAGCCACAAAAUACAGCUGAUCUUCUUCCACCUGAAGUCAAAGAUGCUAUUUUUGAAGAUCUAAAUCAUGAUCUUCUUGAUGGUAUAUCCAUGCAAGACAUAUUCCAAGAUCUCAAAAAUGAAUUCUAUUGUGCUAUGGGACAAUCAGAUGAUAAAAGUAAUGACAAAUCCGAUUUCCGCUCAACAGAUUUCAUAGAUGAACUCCUGAACUCAAGGUUCGAAACUGGCAGUAAAGAGCUGAAAAGAAGCAAAUCGGAAAUGCUUUUACAGAGCCAUAAUCUUAAGACAUUGACAACUGGUCGCGGCCAACAAAGAUCUAGUAGUUGGAACAAUAAGUUCGACACAAGUCUACUGUCAUCCACAAUAAAGAGGUGCAAAAUGGGUAAAACAUCCACUGUGACUGGAAAGCUGAGUCCCAUUCAAAGAGUACCUUUAACAGAGAGUCCAAUGGAUUCAAUUAAAGAGGCUGAAAAUACGGAUAAGAAAGUGAAGGUAGAGACAUGCACUAGCGGCGCCAUUUGUGAGGAGGCAGCGCAUUCGUCCGGAAUCACGUAUCGUACCACCUCGCCCAAACAAAAGGAUGAUUCUAACAAUAGCAAAUCAGACAAGAAUGAGGGCUAUUACACCGACGUCAUAGACUUUUAUACAAAAAUACAGUGUAGUCCCAUCUCUCAGUUAGAUGGUGCCGCAGACUGGUCUGGUUCAGAGAGCACAUGCAGUUCCCGACCGGGCAGUCCUCGAGACAACGAUAAUGAUUUCACGCCAAUACAACAACUCGAUGGCGCUGAAGACAAUCAUCAUGGAAAUGAAAACAUGCAGAGGGGACAGACAAACCAGUUCAUGUACCGAGCUAGCGGAACUGAGAGUUAUACUGUGACGUUUGCUGGCAACUCCAUAAGUGGUCAGCCAGAGCUUGUGAUGAGGCCAUUAGAUGAUGGUUCAGGUAACUCUAAUCAUAUGGAACAACCAGUAAGAUGUGACAGAUGCCAAUGUACUUACAGAAACAAGGAGUCUUACGACAGACAUGUCCCAUCGUGUGAUAUGAUGUCUACGAGCGAAAGUGAAAGUGAAAAUCCUAAAUCUCCCGAGAAUAGAACAUUGACGACCUUACAGAAUGCAUUUCAAGGCGCUUUCGCUCAGCCAAUGAUAAUACACGCAGGAGUUGUCAGUGGUACAGAAAAUACUGUUAAAGCUGAAGGUAUUGCAGCAAGAAGAACUUCUAUCAACACCAGGCAAAUCACUAUAAAUGGGACUAUUGUAGAAACCCCAUCUCCAGGUCCUUCAAAUGAAAUGACCAUGACAAUAACCGAACAGAUGAAGUCGGGAACCGUCAUUUUCGAUCAAAGUAAAACAACCAAUGUCCAAGUAUCUACUAAUCAACAAAUGAUGUCUUCACCACAAAUUGUCGUGACACCACAAAUGCUACUGCCGCCUAAGACGAGUUCUGCAGGUGGUCAGAAGAUAAUGACGCCGCAAAUCAUAACGCAACCUAAUAUUCUGCCUUACAACAUCUGCGUGAAACCAGGAACCGGAAACGCUAAUAUACAGCAAAUACAAGGCAAUGACAUGACACAAUUACUGUCAGGACCAGGAGGUAUUCAGGUCAUAUCAUCAAACUCCAACCAGGUUUUAACUAUACCUCAGAAUCAACAAGGCGGUAUGAUUCAGGGACAAAUGAUUCAAGGCAAAAACCAUGUAGCCAACUUUCCCAAUAUGGCUAGUGCAUCGUCAAUCGCUUUGCCAGUAAACUCCAUACAGGGAAUGCCCAAUACAUCUAUUAUACAAAACAUUCAACCUAUGAUUAGACCUCAAAUACAAGGUAAUCCUACUAUAGUGGUUCCUGCAAUGACAGCACAGAGGUUAUCAUCGCCUAAUUCUCAAACCAAACAACAAUUGAUAUUACCAGGAAACACUCAAAAAUCUCCUAAAAAGCAACCAACCCAGGUCCAACCAAAACCAAUAUUUCAACAAACAAAUCGAGGUCGAGGGCGUCCCAUUCCUAAGCCCACCACCAUUAAGAGACAAACCAAAAUGGAAAAGACAUAUACCACUAUCAACCAGUCACCAAUAGGUCCUGGCAACACAGUGAUACAACUGCAAACCAAUAACCAGACGGGCCAGCCAUCCAUCAUAGUGCAGCCAGUCUCUAAUCAGAAUAUAAUGUCUGCAUAUGUAGAGGCAUUAUCGCAACAACAGAAUCAAAACAUGCAGUACAUCGCAACCAUUGCCCCACAAGGAGAUUUUAAAGCUGGACCUACGCAGUUUAUAUCCCAGAGUGGUCUAGUACCGCAAACAUUCCAAAUACAGCAGACAGAAUCUGGAGGAUUGGUCGCUGUUCCAAGUGGCGGAAUACCUGUAUUGUUACCGCAAGGAAAUGUUGGAAUAUUGCCCCAAGCUCUUCAACAAGGAGCCACAAUUUUACCUCAAGGCGCAAUCCAAACACAAGGCAUUAUAUCCCAGGGUCCGAAUGGGCCUACGAUUCUCCCCCAAGCGAUACAUACACAAAAUGGAACUACCAUCAUUCCACAAGGAACAAUACAAGGAUUGACAAAUGGCAAUAUUACGUCGCAGGCCACUUUGUUACCCAAUAAUACAUUACAAACAGCGGGCGCAACGGUUGUGCCACAAAGUGGUAUUAGUAAUGGUCAAACAACGAUCAUACCGAAUACACUACAAACACAGGGGAAUACGCUAAUCUCUUCAGGCCCAGGGGGUACGACAAUCUUACCACAAGGCACUUUAUUACCACAAUUUUGCAACGACCAAGUGCUUCUAGGCUCCACGCCUACAUUAGAAAUGGUAACAGACCCAUCCGGCUGCAUGUACUUAACGACGACGCAGCCAGUAUACUACGGACUAGAAACUAUUGUCCAAAACACAGUGAUGUCUUCACAGCAAUUUGUAUCAACAGCUAUGCAAGGAGUGCUUGCACAAAACAGUAGUUUCUCAGCUACAACUACUCAAGUGUUCCAAGCAAGCAAAAUAGAACCGAUUGUAGAAGUGCCCACUGGAUAUGUUGUGGUAAAUAAUGUGGGAGAUAGUGUCGCAGUAUCGUCGACACCUAACGUGGUAACUGCGCAAACAGUACAAUCAUCGCCACAAUCCAUGAAGAAUGUUAAAGCCAACGUUCCUAACCUGACGUUGCAGCCACUACCCGAUAAAUCGAGCAAUAGCAACCGACAGACUCCCAAAGUAAUACAAAUGAGCCCGGCACCACUAACAGUUGGGUCUCAAUCAGGUCCAACAAUUAUAUCUGGCCGUCAGAGCAUAAACCCUAUUACUUCACAAAUUCACGGUAUGACUAUCUCAAGCUCGCCACAGAAUAUACAACGAGGCAAUAUACCUAAGCCCAGUGUUGUGUCGAUGUCUCCGAAUGUAACGCUCGUGUCAUCGACCGGACAGCCUGUGAUGGCGAUCUCUCAAUCGGUACCAACCACAUCGUUCCCUAUGCAGUCAAUACCAUUAACGCAGCCUAUUGUGUCAAGUUCUAUUGCACCACCAGCUAAAACUAAUUACAAGAUUGAGAACUCUCAUGUCAUUGAAAUUAGUGGAGGCAACUUGCAUGACAAUUCAAAUAAUGCGAAUAUGCCUACCAUCAGUGUAACACAAAGUAUAAAAUCACCUACGCCGUGGAGGCAAAUUAAUCAGCCUAUCAAUACCAGUAUGGAUAACAAAAUAGAACAUCAGAACAUGAAUGUGAAGCCAAGUACUGUUAACACUAGUUCAAUGAAUAUCCAGAGUAAUGUAAUGGCUGGAAGACCGCAUUUGAACAAUGAUCACGACAAGGGUAACCAGAACUGUUUAAUACAAAUGCCCAACAAUUCAAUGUCAACUAUGAAUAUGCAUUCUCACCAGUUCGAGCAGAGUCUCAAUGUGAGCCACCAUUCAACAUCGCAUACUACAUCAAACAAUGUUAUUCAGAUUACUGCUGGAAACAUUUAUCCACCGUCUUCGGUAAUGAACAGCAAUUUUGAUGCAGAUACUUCAUUAAAGUUGAGCAAAAUCAAUGCUCUUUCAAAAACCGAAGGUGGGCAUUUGAACUUCUCACAAGAGAUAAUGGCAUCACAUUCACAGCAACAUGCUAACAAUGAUAAAACUUUCCAAAACAUGGGACCUGUAGAAAACAAGCACAACAGCGACAAUUUGUCGAGUCAGAUGAACACUCAUAAACUGAGUAACUGCCAGAUGACCAGCAAUAUCAACAACUCGCCUGCCAUCAGCAUCAUUCCCCAUAAUGUCAUGCGACCGCAGCUACAGAACAAUCAAAAUACUAUUUCUGUACCUAAUAAUCAAAACCAAAUGUGCUCAUUAUCUACUAACAGUUCUCAUGGCCAAGUGCAAAUACUGAAUUCGGGCAAUAACUCCAUACAAAAUAUUAACAUGUCGUGCCAGGAAACUACAAAUAGUAGAAUGAACAUCUCAGUGUCAAGUGACAAUAGUAUGCAAUCGAACCAGCAACAUGACAUGUCCAGUUCUAUGAAUACAUCAAACAUGUCUCAUAGCAACAAUAUGCCGAUGAUGUCGCAUGAUAAUAAUCAAAUCCCAGCGCCCAACCAGAUCCACAUAAUGAAUGGACAAAUCCAACACAACCGUCAAGUUGAGAACAACCAAUUACAACAGAUUAAUCAACAAACUCCAACUAGAAAUUUCCACGAAAAUAUGAUGAAUCAACAACAAAAUCAUAAUCAGACAAAUAUGCUCUCCAACCGAAGCACUCCUGACAAUACUAAUAUUAUGAAUCAGUCGAUGAAUAUGCAUAAUUUGGGAACCAACAAUCACAAUAUAAAUCGGUCCGAUUUGGGCGAUCUCAACCAUAUGCACAUGCAACAAACAAUGACAAAUUUGAACAUGCAAAAUAACCGAAUGAUGAUUGACAACAUGCAAUCUCACAGUAUGGGCAACAUGAGCCAUACUAUGCAUUCUAAUAGAUCUAUGGAUAAUAUGCACAAUUCCCAAAUGCAUAACAUGCAGCAGAUGAAUCAUCACACGUCGAACAACUCUCGAGGACAAAUGGACAAUAACAUGCACGUUAACCAGCAAAUGUCGAUGCAACAGACCAGGCAAAUGGACAAUGUUGGUCUUCAUCAUCAACAUCAGAUGUCCAAUGUGAUGCAGAUCCAAAAUAACCGAACGCAUGUCGACAGCAACAUGAUGAACAUGCAUCAACAUGUACCCAAUCAAAUGCAUAACCGACAGCAGAUGGAUAAUAAUAACAUACAUAUGCAUCAUAUGUCCGGAAAUGCCCCAAAUAUUAAUUUAGCAAACCAGAUGGACAACUCUGGCUCUAUGCCAAAUAUUCACGGUAACAGAUAUGAUAGUAACUCAAUGAACAUGCAAAAUAUGAAUGCUAUGAAUCAAAUACAGAACAACAGGAGUUCCAUGGAGCAUUCUUCAAUGAUGCAACAUCAAAUGAACUCUAUGAACAAUAUGAGCAUGCACUCCAACCUUAACAGUACAAUGCAAAUUGUCAAUACUAACCAUCAAUCUAUAAACAGCUCAAUGAUGCAUAUGCCAAACAUUCCCGACAUAAAGAAUGAUAUUCAGAGCUCAUGUAGUGGUAGCUGUUCCAACAAUAAUCCACAGUUCCCCAACAAUCAGAACACAAUGGAGAUAUGCCCCAAUAUGAAUAUGAAUACCAAUCAGAAUAACAUGAAUAUGGGCACAGGAAAUAUGCUCCAUAGCAUGAAUGUAAAUAACGCGAACAUGUCGAACAAUAUGAUGAUGAACAAUGUGAACAACAGCAACAUGUAUGGGCAAGGCAGUCAGAACAACAUGACUGGUCACGACAUGCUAAUGAGUUGCUCCAACUCUACUGAUCACAACGUGAACAAUCUUAUGUCAGGAACACCCAACCACAUGAUGUUGAAUAAUACCCAAACUCACACAGCUAAUAACCAGAAUCAAAUGAUCAGCAACCAAGUCUCUAAUACUACGCAAAUGAACAUCAACAGUUGCAGUAUGAGCACCAACAACACAUCACAAAGUCAAAGUAUUACUAACAUGGAUAACCAAAUGAACCGAAGUACUAUCCCGGUGCCGGACCCGCCUAAGUUUUCACAAGACAAUCUACGAGGUAAAAAUUUAAUGGGUCCUCCUCCAACUAACAACUUAUCCAUGCCAAAUAUACCAAAUAACAAAGACUGUUCUAAAGUAAAUAUGGUUAAUAAUGAAAAGCAAAACCAUACGAUAUCUGUAAGCAACCAACUUGGAUAUUUGCAAAUGAACCCUCAAAACAAUAACCGAGUUAUCAAUUUACCUGAGAGGAACAGAAUGAACAAUGCAAAUCUGGAGAGCAACAUUACUCAGCAUGUGCCACAACAACAUAACAUUCGUGUGGUCACCAAUAACACGAACAGCAACGUCGCUGAUCCUCUAGCUUUCCAACCAAGUAACGACAGCAGCAGUACCAUGAUCAACGUACCAUUCCAGGCUAUUCCAAAUAGUGCUCCUAUGAACAUUAACGUAAACUCGAGCAACAACACCGUUAAUAUCACGGUCCAGAACAAUCUGGUAGACCCCAAAAUCGCUUCUAAAGCUGCAGCUGAUAUAAACUUUCCUCUGCAGACAAAUACCAACUUACUGCAAAAUCAAAAUAAUGCUAAUAAUCUGAUGUGUAUGCCCGUGGCGAACAAUACGAUUAAUUUGCCGACACAAAACAGUUCUAGCAUAUCACUACCAAAAGCACCUCCUACUCAGCAAUCUGGCAUUCCUACUAACGUUGUCAAUCCAAUGUCUAUGAGACCUAUGAACAGAGUACUACCUCUGCAUAGAGAUGGACAAAGCAAGUCCUCUACGAAGACCACCAAAACUGUUGCAGUGCCCAAACAGAGGCCUGUGAGCCACGAUAUGCCAGAUUUGAAUAUAAAAGAUGACACUAUUGACAGCGAUCUAGAAAAGGCGAUUGAAGAAUCAAAGCGUAUGAUGGAACUGGAAAAAGCCAAGAAAGAAAAAGAAGAGAGGGAAGCUGCUCAAGCUAUGCAGCUGUCAGCCGAAAUACACCAGGCUAAUACAAGCACUGCCACAUCGAGCAUGGACACUGGUAGAAUCAUUGAGUCCACUGAAACCAACUCUAAAAUGUCUUUACCGAGUUUGGAUGCAGAGAUGAUUGAUGUCGAACCGCCUAAAGUACUUACAGAAAAGGAUACUAACAGGACUCCGGUCGCACCAAAAAUACCUAGUGCUUCCAGUAAAGUUAUGAAGAGGCCUUUAGGAGACAAGAAAACCGAUGUAGAACCAGUUGCAACUAAGAAGCAGAAUAAAACAUCGAAAGAAAACAAACCCACAGCACCUAAGCCUGCCCCUGAGCCAGCAAAGGAUGAUGGGCCUAAAUUAAUUUAUGAAGUCACAUCUGAAGACGGUUUCAACUAUACUUCUUCUUCGCUGACUGACUUGUGGGCCAAAGUUGUAGAGGCUGUACAAAAUGCUCGAAAGCAGUCGGGAUUGUCACCGAUUCAAUACAAUCUGCCUGCAAGUCUAUCAGGGGCACACAUCCUGGGACUGAACAAUAAUGCUUUGAGAUAUCUUGUCGAACAGCUACCUGGGGCAAGCCGCUGCACCAAAUAUAAAAUGCGUCAAGGACGUCAGUUAAGCAGCUGGGAUAACGACCUGGACUUGAGCGAGGGCUUCAAAGAAAGUCCGUGGGGAAGCGCUCGUACUGGACCAAUCGCAAGGAAACAAAAUCACGACAUGUUUAGUUGGAUGGCGUCGCCUUUCAGAGAAGAGCCACCACCGUUUGGAGGUCAGGAAGGAGAGAGCUCGAUUUCUAGGCGCCUUGCAACUUUACCACCGGCUAUGAGAUUCAGACAAUUGAAAGAGACAUCUAAAGCGUCUGUAGGCGUUUACAGAUCACAUAUUCAUGGACGCGGAUUAUUCUGCAAACGAGAUAUUGAAGAAGGUGAUAUGGUAAUAGAGUACGCGGGCGAGGUGAUUCGCGCCGUGUUGGCAGACCAGAGGGAGAAGCGUUAUGAAGCUAUGAGCGGGCGGCGCGGAGUCGGUGGCUGUUACAUGUUCCGCAUCGACGACAAUUUGGUGGUGGACGCGACGCUCAAGGGCAACGCAGCGAGGUUCAUCAACCACUCCUGUGAUCCUAAUUGUUACUCGCGCGUUGUGGACAUCCAUGGACACAAACACAUCCUCAUCUUCGCCCUGCGACGUAUUACAAUCGGAGAGGAGCUUACCUACGACUACAAGUUCCCCUUCGAAGAGGUCAAGAUACCGUGCACUUGCGGUGCCAAAAAGUGCCGCAAGUACCUUAACUAAAUAUGAACAAACGUUAAGAGUGAGUGAUUCGAUUGUGUCAAUUAUGCUUGUGUUGAUCUAUGAUCAAAGAGGUUUAAAAUGCUGUAAAACCGAACAAAAAUACUGUAAAACAGUGAUUGUAGCAAUUAAUUUGUGACAGUCACGGUAGUGUUUUUGGUCAGUAAAUUUUCCAGCCUCACAGGUUUUACUUAACAAGUAGCAUAAUCCUAGAAGUACAUAAAUGAAUUAGACGUAAAACUUUAGUAAUAACGUGAGUGACAUAUUUGACGGUUCGCCGCAAAAUAUAAAUCGAUGGAUCUCGUGAGAGUUCUAAGUAAGCCUAUUUAGAAUGUAGCUUGCGGAAAUGAAUGCUUGAUGAUGAAAUGCUGGGUCGAGCACAAUUAUAACGUGUACAUAACGUAUGUAAGACAAUAAGUCAAAUUCACAUAUCGCGUUACUCCCACCUCGUAUCUUGACACUUAGACUUUACUGGAGACUACUUUAUCGGACAUGAAAACAAUUUAUAUGAAUCUUAAUAUGAUCUCUUUCUUGAAUCUACCCAGUGUUAAGAGUUGUUGGAUUUUAUAAUAAUUUUGAAUUAGAUUAAUUUGGAAAAUCGUAAUUUGAGAUAGGUUUUUACAUUUUGUAAAUAUAUUUUAGUUAUGUUGACUUUUUUAAGAUGGAUAGUUGACUCGCGAACGGCUUAAGUGUGUGCACUUAACUUUGAUGUGAUAUGACUAGCCCCGGAUCUGUCGGGUAAGAGAUGGUUAGUGUGUAGUUAGUGUAUAUUUGUUCCUCAUUAUGUUCUUAUAUUUUCUCUUUACUUGUGAUCAGUUAAGUCUCGACUAACAUAGCGCGUAUGUGUACAUAUAUCGAGGGAUCUUUAGGCAUAAAUAAUAAUAAAGUUAGUACAUUCGAGAGGGUAGCGAAGUUACAAGUACAAUGUUACUUUUUAGUAAUUUUAUCAUGUAUUGUAUAGUAAAAUUGUAAAUAAGAGAAAUUAUCUGUCAUAAUAAUGAGUUAAACGACAAAUCGUUUUAUUGUAGUCAUAGUGGUAGGUUGUACUUUAUAGAGUAUAUUUUACGGUGUAUAUAAUAAGUUAUUUAGUGGCGCGGAGCGGGGACCGCAGCCUCGCACUGCGCGUCCGUCAACAUGUACACUUGGAUGACUCCCAGUUACAAAGCACGGUUUAUCAUAAAAAUGCACAUUUGUUAGCUUUAAUACUACUUCAGCAAAGCUUAAUUGGUUUUAAUUUAGAAUAUAUAUUUUUUAAUGUUCUAAUCGAUUGCCUGUUUGUUGUUUUAAUUGGCAAAUAUAAUUUUUAUAGCAUUUUUUUCCUAAGCAUUUAUAGACUGAAUUUUAAUGCAUCACACAACAGUCAUCACAUGAAUCAGUCAAAUUGCUAGUAAAUCUGCUUCACAAUUUAUUGUUUUAGUAAUAGACAGAUUUAGAUGCAGGAACAAAGAAAAUUAAAUAUUUUUGGGUAUCAUGCCAUACAACUUCUGUUAACUACACAUUUGUUACUGCAUCUAAUAAUAGCAGUAUUAAAAUAACUUGUAUGUGUCCCCAAGUAUUUUAUAGAUAAAUUCAAAUAGGACAGAUUAAGUAGGCCCGAAUUAAGAGGUAACUAUUAGUCGUUUUUAAAUUUGUACGUUAGAACAAGAUGCACAUAAUAAUAAAUGUUCCAUAUUUCUAAUAUAAUGAUUGGGUCAUAUACUUUAAAUGUAACACUGUAAACAAGGAGAAUAACGGAAUGUGAAAGUCAAAGGGAUUUUAAUGUUGAAUUUGUCUGGUAUGCUGUCAAUAAGGUCUCUAUAAUUAACAACUUUUGGUAGAUAAAUAAAAUAGGCCACUUAUUGAUAAUAUAUCUCAUUAGCAUGACAUUAAAAGUUCUUUUAGAAGUUUAGCUACAUUCACUCCUUACUAUAUCCACUCUUGUUUUACGUGGUAUUAUAAAACUAAAUAUACAAUAGCUAAGGUAAAAUUUUGGUGUUGUAAUAAGCUGUGCAUAUAAUUGACGUUUAAAUAUAUACAUGUGCUACUUUGUUAUACAGGAGUCUUGUUUUAGCGGAUAUACAUUUCAUGUAAAUGUCAUGUCAGAGCCGUUGUUUUAUUUUGUUAUGGGCAGUUUGUCUACUUUGUAGAAUAUUAUUUAAAAUUGUUUUUGUGAACUGUGUUAUUUAUUAGAAUUAUUCACAUUUUAUGAGAUCCUGUACAGCCAUCAAGUAUAAGCUAGACGUCAGUCACAAUAUUCAUUUAGUAAGUGGAUCGGAUCUUGAUAUUUUAGUGUUAUUUAGUUGUUAUUAGGAAAUCUAAUUCCAAGACGGGAUUUAUCAUUUUGAUCAACAUAUCUUCUAGUUUAUAUUGCAUAAUAUUGAGCCACUUUCGUAGACAAACAGCCUAAACUACAGAUGUAAUUUAUAACUAAAAAGAGAUUGCAGAUAAACAUUUCUGUUGUAUGUAAACUGUGUUGACUGUGUUCUCAUCAGUGUUUUAAAUUGAUAUUAUCCAGCCAGUAUGGAUGUAUCUGUAGACUAGUCCUAUCGGUUUUAGAACUGAAAUGAUGCGAACGUAGCCAUAACGGUUACAAGCCAUUCUUUUUAUAAAAAAGGUUGUUAUAUUUUGUUUACAUUUGAUACGAGAAGUUAGUCGAAGUUAUAGCCUACAUCGAGUUAUGAUAAUAAAAGUACAGGUAAUUUUAAUCACUUUUGAUUAUUAAGAUUAACACAAUAUUUUUAAAGAUGUAGUUUUUAUUUUGACAUAAGAUUAACAUGCGUUUCUUUUUCCUCUUUCCUCAACAUUUUUUUUUGUAAAGUUGUUUUACAGAUAUAACCCAAAAUGGUUAUGUAGAUUUUAACAAUGGACUAUAUCAAUUGUAAAUGUUUUAUAAUGAAGUUGAAUUUUUUGGUAGACUCAUAAAUGCUUUAAAAUUGUGUAUAUGUGCAUUUUGUUAGUCGUGUACAGUGGCGGUGCGAGCCCUGGUUGGUUUUGGGAGACCUCAUGAGUUUAGUACAAUAUCAAGUGGUUUACAAAGAAGGGGCUCCCGGAGACGCAGUCUCAUCUUCCACUGGUAAUCGCUCCGCGACUUGAUGUAUAUGUUCCCGAUAUAGUGAUAUUUAUUGUUAAAUCAACGAAUUAAUGAAAUUCAUCAAUUUUACUCUAUGAAGACCUAAUUAGUAUAAAAGCAAAUUAUCAUUUUGACUAAAAUAAAUGUAUCACCUGAAAACACGUAAAGGAACUGAAGCGUCGACUGUUGUUGGCGAGCGUUCAUCCUAUUUUGCCAAAUAAUAUUUCCGUUCUCGAGUGAGUGUAAAAUAUAUAUUUAGAAUUGAAUGAGUCCAGAUGUAACUUCACUUUACCGGCAACAUAUACAUAAAAUUGAAUUAAUUAGAAAUCAAAAGACCAAAUCACCAAGUGAUGAAUCAUUUUGCGUUAAUUAUUAAGUGUAUUGCAUCUGCCCUUGAUAUUAUUUGUGUUAAAAGUAAUGCUUUUAUUUUUAAAUGUACACAAUGCCAUUUUGCCUAAUGUUAUUAUAAAUUAUAAUUAAAGAAAUUGCUUUAAAAGCACCAAUUUUACAAUGCAUAGUUCUAUGACCUGUCUAUACAUUUUAUUACUUUAUUUAUUUCUAUCAUUAUUUUGUAUUGUGGUAAAUUUUACCAAAAAUAAAAAUACUAAAAUGUGCUUUAUAUUUUGUUUUAUUUAUUGAUCUUAUUAGGAUUUACAAUCAUAUUGAUAUUUUU